UGCCAGCGCACACACGGGAAUACAGAUGCACACGCGUACACGUACACGCGUACAUACACCCAUCGAAUUCUGGAUCCUUCCGCGCUUAAGUGCGUACACGUGCAAGAACUGCCGACGCGAACCACGUGCGUACGAAAGAAUGUCUGCGAUUAUGCCGGCCCGAUGUUGUCCCGGGGACAGACCUUCCGGAUCCGAUUCGGUUGCGCCCGCAAUGUUGCCAAAUUCAGUACAGAGAACGCAUAAUUCGUCCGUUUACAAGAUCACGUUGCUCGAUUGCUGCCAACUCCGAAGAGCAACAGCACAUAAUCCAUCGGGAAAAUCUAUCGGGGCAUCGGAGGUGGCAUAAUGCGCUGGCACCGACUUCGCCGUCACGUCUGGCACGAGGACGCCGCGGACCGCGAGAGCGCGGACUCCCUUUGUCCCGCGCGUGCACGCGUGCUCUUUGUUUACGCGCGCAUUCCGCAGGUCUGUCGCGCGUGCAGCCACGUCGCGCCGCCGCGUUGCAUUCGCCGCUCUCCGCGGCAGCUUAUCUGCAUCACAAAGCGUCGUCGUCGUCGGCCGCUUUAGUUUGGCCUACAUAUCCCGGUGCGCGCGUUUACCCCGCCCCGACGGCCGAAGUAAUGACACAUCGCCGAGAUAACAAUGUCAGGAACGGCAGAUAAGGUGAAAUUUCGCCCGGAGCCACUCGCGAGACGAUCGCGGCGCGCUCCCGAAGCUGCGUUGCAUCGAAACGCACGAGCGGGAGCGAAUCGCCGCGAUUUAACAUCGCGAUAAAGUCUGCGCGGACAACGUGUAUUGUUGCGAAAAACUAAAAUUAAAUUUCGGAGUAAAUUAGUGAAGAGCAAUACGAUUUUUCGUUCAUGAGAUAGAAACACGACAGAAGAAGAAAGUACCAUGAAUUAUUUUAUCUUAAGAUAAUAAUUGUUAUAUUUUUUAUGAUAACAAUGAAACAGAAAAGCAUUAAUAUUUCAAUUUCGAAUAUCAUUAGAGAUUAUCGUAAUCCCAUUUACGUAUACGCAACAUUAAAAUCUUCCCCGAUCGAUGCGCGUUCCACAUUUGCGCUCCUCCUCGCGAUUAUUUCGGGCACAUAAAUUGUAUGAAAAAUUAUAAUCAUAACGCUUGAACAUUUCCGCACGAAUCGGUAUAUAUUAUUUUUCUAUCAGCAAGCGGAGAUCUGGCUGGAAAGGAGUGCAGAUCUCUCAUCGGCGGCCAUUGUGUGAAGGGUAAACAGAUGAGAUCUAUUAUCCCACGCGUCGUAGCUUAAUGGCAUAUAGAGCCAGCACGCCGCGAUAAGCCGGUUAAAAUACAAAAAUCAAGAUAACACUAGAACACGGCACAACUUUUAUACGAUUGCGUAAUUGCAGCUACGCAUAAAUUGAAUACGAACGCUUCGUCAAAUAUUUGUGUCUACGAGCGUGUAAAAAUCGCGCUCGUAUAGAUACGUAAACAUCGCCGCGUAACAUCAAAGUACAUAUCUUUUGAUAUAAAUCGCUUUAACGUCAAUAAAAAAAAACUGAAAAAGAAAAUGUGAAAUAAUGUA